GAAUGAUUUGCCACGCCCCUGUGCGCGAAGCAGGAAGCAAAGCGGUAACGGUCGGGAGGAUUCAAGAGGAUAAGAUUCGAGGUGGUGGCGGAGUGAGUUUCAAGCUACACCCGCCACGAUUCGAUACGUGCGAUUCGGACACGUUGUCUCCCGUUCAAAAUGGCUUAUCACAGUCCUUACAGAGCUCCUCCGCAUAUAAACAACCCUCCGGAUCAAAGCUUUCUGUGGAAUAUCUUCCAGAGGGUGGACAAGGACCGCAGUGGGGUGAUAUCAGACUCCGAGCUCCAGCAGGCCUUAUCCAAUGGAACAUGGACGCCAUUCAACCCUGUGACCGUGCGUUCCAUAAUAUCCAUGUUCGACAGGGAAAAUAAGAGCGGCGUGAAUUUCAACGAGUUUGCCGGCGUCUGGAAGUACAUCACGGACUGGCAGAACAUCUUUCGGACCUACGAUAGGGACAACUCGGGAUUCAUCGACAAGAACGAGCUCAAACAGGCACUGACCGGAUUCGGUGAGCAGCAAAGUUAUCGUCUAUCGGACCAGUUCUACGGUACUCUUAUUGAGAAGUUUGACCGGCAGAGGAAGGGGCAAGUGGCCUUUGAUGACUUCAUCCAAUGCUGUAUUGUACUGCAGAGGUUGACUGACGUUUUUAGGCGAUACGACACGGACCAGGACGGCUGGAUCCAGGUGUCAUAUGAACAAUAUCUAUCCAUGGUCUUCAAUAUAGUAUAAUGGCACACAGGGGGCAGCGAAGAGGAGCACAACUAACUGGACAGAACAGUGCCAAAAAGCUACCGUCACUUCCCGGAUGUCUGCCACGGUGGACACGACAAGAUUUUUCUUCCUGUAUAAUAGCCGCCCCGUACGUCUGGUUCGCUUAGACAAAUUUAUACUGUUGAUUUAAGAGGGACUAUUGUCUGAAAGGUUCUAGGACUGUCGUUACGCACAGAAAAAAAAAUCAUAUCCAAACUACAAGUUUUCCCCUCUCUGGAAUGUAAUGCACUUUGCCAUGACAGCACUUCUGGCAGUAUUCUUACGAGAUCUUCAAAAUGAUCAGGGGUGUCAAAUAUAUGACCCGCAACGGGCGGUAUAGCUUAUUCAAACUGUACAUACAAAAUCUUUUAUUUUGACAUUGGUGCUAUAAAACCGUAGACUUGUGUUUAGCGUGAUUGAGGUCGGGCGCUACUGCACUCGGGCCGGUCAAAAUGGAUUGGACGUCUCGCACCGUCCACGGCAGCCAACGAGUUAGCAAGGAAGUGACCCAAAAAUGCCCUAAAACUGACAGGAAGCCGCCCGAAAAUGCCGAAAAAAUCGACAGGAUAUGAUCCAAAAUUUACAGGACGAGAACCGUAAGUGUCUUAAAAUGACAUGGAAGUGACGCGAAAUGGACUCGUUGUCUGCCACUGAUGACGACAGACGUGUGAACGCUCAGAACAAACCUAAUUUUGUCCAUCGUUAAUGGGAAAACUCGUACUGUAGUUUGGUUUUGAAAGGUUACGGAGCCCCUAAAGGGACAUGGACAAAAGUAAAAUAAAUUUAAACCAUCUGCUGCGCACCAGAUAGUAUGUGGUGUGCUCUAGAAACUAUCUGGUGCACACCAGGAACAAUCUGGUAUUCCGAGACAACGUAAUGGUGACUAUGUGCAAGUAAUGCAGUAAUAUCUUUAGAGUUGAGUCCAAGAUUGAAUUAAAGCUCAACUAAAUCCUGUAUUUGUGGCUUAUAAAAGGGAACUUUAUGUUUCUGGUGCGCACCACAUACUAUCUGGUGCGGAAUAGAUAGUUCAAUCUAUCUACAAAAUCCUGUAUUUGUGGCCUAUAAAAAGGAACUUUCUGGUGCGCAUCAGAAACGCCACAUACUAUCUGGUGCGCAAUAGAUUGUUUCAGGUGCACAAAAGAUAGCUUAAUCUAUCAACUAAAUCCUGUAUUUGUGGCCUAUAAGGGGAACUUUCUGGUGCGCACCAGUUUGUUUCUGGUCCACACAUAUAGUUUCUGGUACUUGCCACAUACGAUCUGGUGCGAAACACAUAAUUCAAUCUAUCAACUAAAUCCUGUAUUUGUGGCCUAUAACGGGAACUAUCUGGUGCCCACCAGAAACAAUCUGGUGCGCACCACAUACUAUCUGGUGCGCAAUAGUUUUUGGUGCGCAACAUAGUUCAAUCAACUAAAUCCUGUAUUUGUGGCCUAUAAUGGGAACUGGUGCGCACAACAUACUAUCUGAUGCGCAAUUGAUAGUUUCUGGUGUGCAAAAGAUAGAUUGAACUAUCAACUAAAUCCUGUAUUUGUGGCCUAUAAGGGGAACUUUCUGGUGCGCACCAGUUUGUUUCUGGUCCACACAUAUAGUUUCUGGUACGCACCACAUACGAUCUGGUGCGAAACACAUGAUUCAAUCUAUCAACUAAAUCCUGUAUUUGUGGCCUAUAACGGGAACUUUCUGGUGCGCACAACAUACUAUCUGAUUCGCACCACAUACUAGCUGAUGCGCAAUAGAUAGUUUCAGGUGCACAAAAGAUAGAUUAAUCUAUCAACUAAAUCCUGUAUUUGUGGCCUAUAAGGGGAACUUUCUGGUGCGCACCAGAUUGUUUCUGUUCCACACAUAUAGUUUCUGGUACGCACCACAUACGAUCUGGUGCGAAACACAUAAUGGAAUCUAUCAACUAAAUCCUGCGCAAUAGUUUCUGGUACGCAACAUAGUUCAAUCUAUCAACUAAAUCCUGUAUUUGUGACCUAUAACGGGAACUUUUCUGGUGCGCAACAGAUAGUUCAAUCUAUCAACUAAAUCCUGUAUUUGUAGCCUAUAAAAGGGAACUUUCUGGUGCGCACCAGAUUGUUUCUGGUCCACACAUAUAGUUUCUGGUACGCACCACAUACGAUCUGGUGCGAAACACAUAAUGGAAUCUAUCAACUAAAUCCUGCGCAAUAGUUUCUGGUACGCAACAUAGUUCAAUCUAUCAACUAAAUCCUGUAUUUGUGACCUAUAACGGGAACUUUUCUGGUGCGCAACAGAUAGUUCAAUCUAUCAACUAAAUCCUGUAUUUGUAGCCUAUAAAAGGGAACUUUCUGGUGCGCACCAAAUUGUUUCUGGUCCACAACAUAGUAUCUGGUGUGCACCACAUAUGAUCUGGGGCGAAACACAUGAUUCAAUCUAUCAACUAAAUCUUGUAUUUGUGGCCUAUAAAAAGGUACUUUUUGGUGUGCACCAGAAACUUUUCUGGUGCGCACCAAGCAGUUUCUAGUGCGCACCACAUACUAUCUGGUUUCUAUUGUGCAACAGAUAGUUCAAUCUUUUAACUAAAUGCUGUUUUUGAGGCUUAUAAAUGGGUACUUUCUGGUGUGCACCAAAUAGUUUCUAGUGCGCACCACAUACUACAUGGGGUUUACCAGAUAGUUCAAUCUAUUAACUAAAUCCAUUAUUUCUGGCCUAUAAACGGUAACUUUCUGGUGCGCAACAAAAAGUUACUGGUGUGUAACUGAUAGUUCAAUCUGUCAACUAAAUCCUGUUUUUGUGGCCUAUAAAAAGGUACUUUCUGGUGUGCACCAGAAUUUCUGGUGUGCACCAAAUAGUUUCUAGUGCGCACCACAUACUAUAUUGGGUGUACCAGAUAGUUCAAUCUAUUAACUAAAUCCUUUAUUUCUGGCUUAUAAAAGGGAACUUUCUGGUGCGCAACAAAUAGUUCAAUCUGCCAACUAAAUCCUGUUUUUGUGGCCUAUAAAAAGGUACUUUCUGGUGCUCACCGAAUAGUUUCUAGUGCGCACCACAUACUAUAUGGGGUGUACCAGAUAGUUCAAUUUACUAACUAAAUCCUUUAUUUGUGGCCGAUAAAAGCAAACUUUCUCUGGUGCGCAACAAAAAGUUACUGGUGUGUAACAGAUAGUUCAAUCUGUCAACUAAAUCCUGUUUUUGUGGCCUAUAAAAAGGUACUUUCUGGUGUGCACCAGAAUGUUUUCUGGUGCGCACCAAAUUGUUCCUAGUGCGCACCACAUACUCUAUGGGGUGUACCAGAUAGUUCAAUUUACUAACUGAAUCCUUUAUUUGUGGCCAUUAAAAGCAAACUUUCUGGUACGCACCAGAUAGUUAUUGGUGUGCAACAGAUAGUUCAAUCUAUUAACUAAAUCCUGUUUUUGUGGCUUAUAAAAGGGUUCUUUCUGGUGCGCACCAAGUAGUUUCUAGUGCGCACCACAUACUAUAUGGGUUGUACCAGAUAGUUCAAUCUAUUAACUAAAUCCUUAAUUUGUGGCCUAUAAAGGGUACUUUGUGGUGCGCACCACAUGGUUGAAAUAUAUCUUAAUUCUGUCACUGUCCCUUUAGGGUGCUCUGUAAAAUGUAUCUUUAGUCACAACCAGUCCUGGAACUUUUCAGAAUCAUCUUGAAGAGGCACCUUUUUGUCUGAUAAUUUUCCCCCCCAAUGUGUCAGGUUGCAAGUACAAACUUUAAUGUAUUUAAAAAAUAAGUCUUGUAGUGUUUUGCUUGCGCAGCAAUUUUCAUUUGUGUCUGUCUGGUACUCCAUUUUAGGGAUGACAGUGGUGCCUUGAGAUGCAAAUGUUCUUGAGCAGUCAUCUGGACAUGUUUUCCUGGAAAUAAAGGCCAGUAAAAUCAAAUGAAAGCCAGUAUUUCCACAUCUUGGAAAUACUGGCUUUUAUUCACGUUUUUUUACAUACACAUCGGAAAAAUAAAAUUCUGUGGGUUUUAUUAAAGAAGAUUCUUCACAAUAAAGGUGUUGUCUUUCCCUUUAAAUUCGUAUCCUAAGGCACCACUGUUGCUACCAAUGCAAUGUUUUAUCUAUUAUUAUUUUGAAUGUCUUAACUUUCUAUUUAAAAGUGGAUGUUAAUGUUCUAAUCCAUCGCAUGCUUUUCAGGGAAUUUGACCCCUCUGAUUGGAGCAUGCGCUUUCCCGCUUUCCUGUUGUUUAAAGCCAUGUUUACAAAUACUGUGAAAGCAGUUCUGCUUUAAAAUGGACACACACGCCAGCAUACAUGCCAUAUUUGUACAAACUUAUUUUUUAAACAUCAAAACGCUAUGUGAGAAUAACGACGUAGAUAUUGCUUGAUUUUAUUUUGUGCAUGAUGCCUUAAAGAUGUGUUUAAAAUAACACAAAAAAUAAAUUGUUUGUAUAAAAAAAAUGAAAGAAAGGUAUGUUUUUUUUUUUUUUUUUGUAGAGAAGAGUUAACCAUAGCAUUGCGAGCAAGACGGUCCUCUGAUUCUUUGAUUGAUCGUGCCAAACUAAACAUAUGGCCCGUGGGCGUGAAGCGGCCCGCCAGAGAAUCAGAUCCGUCCCGCGGAGUUGUUAUGCCCGACAGGCACUUUGUAGCUCAUUCAUACUAUACAUCGGUGAGAUAAAACUGGAGGUCUGUUUUGUAUGAUCGUGUGUGUGCACAACUACUCUUGAAUCGCUUUAGACUGUCUAGCGCCAUCAUCGGCGGUCGAUGAGUUAACAAGGAAUUGACCCAAAAAUGCUCCAGAAAAUCAUAAGUGGAGUUUAAGGGAAGUCCGGGGGGCCAGGUGGCCCAAAAGUGUCAUUGCAUGUGAUUGACUUUCCUAUGGAGGAAAACGCCAACAAGGCUGAAAAAGCAGUUUUGCUCUUGCACCCCUCUUUAAUAAAAACUGCUGUAUUUUAAGCCAAAAGAACUGUUGUGUUUGAUAGAAAUAUAUGUCUAUAUGCUGCCAAAGCAGAUUCAUGGUGCAAUAAGCCCCCAAACUAUUUUUUGAAUUUGUCCGUUUUACACUUGAAACCCCUGUUUACAGAUGUUGCGCAACCGCUUUGUUUCAACCUAGCCAUAAAAAGGU